AUGAACACGUCCAACAGUGGUGUGAACACGUCCAAAAGUGGUGUGAACAGGUCCAACAGUGGUGUAAACACGUUCAACAGACGUGUAAACACGUCCAACAGUGGUGAGAACACGUCCAACAGAGGUGUAAAAACGUCUAACAGUGGUGUGAACACGUCCAACAGUGGUGUGAACACGUCCAACAGUGGUGUAAACACGUCCAACAGUGGUGUGAACACGUCCAACAGUGGUGUGAACACGUCCAACAGUGGUGUUUACACGUCCAACAGUGGUGUAAACACGUCCAACAGUGGUGUAAACACGUCCAACAGUGGUGUAUACACGUCCAACAGUGGUGUAAACACGUCCAACAGUGGUGUAAACACGUCCAACAGUGGUGUGAACACACUCAACAGAGGUGUAAACACACUCAACAGAGGUGUAUAUACGUCCAACAGUGGCGUGAACACGUCCAACAGUGGUGUGAACACGUCCAACAGUGGUGUAUACAAGUCCAACAGUGGUGUAAACACGUCCAACAGUGGUGUAAACACGUCCAACAGUGGUGUGAACACGUCCAACAGUGACGUAAACUUGUCCAACAGUGGUGUAUACACGUCCAACAGUGGUGUAAACACGUCCAACAGUGGUGUAAACACGUCCAACAGUGGUGUGAACACGUCCAACAGUGGUGUAAACACGUCCAACAGUGGUGUGAACACGUCCAACAGUGGUGUGAACACGUCCAACAGUGGUGUAAACAAGUCCAACAGUGGUGUGAACACGUCCAACAGUGGUGUGAACACGUCCAACAGUGGCGUAAACGCGUCCAACAGUGGUGUAAACACGCCCAACAGAGGUGUAAACACGUCCAACAAACGUAUAAACACGUACAACAAAGGGGUAUAUCAGUACAAAGGCGGUAUUGUUCAGGCACUCAAGUUCAGAAGCGUCUCCGUUCUGCCGGGGAAUGGAACCAGGGACCUGUCGGUUGGGACACAGUACUCACCGAGAACCAAUCCUCAAUACUGA